AUGUCUUUUUUUAAAAAUGUUACAUCGGGUUUUAAUAUUCGAAGUCGAGAUACCAUUCUUAAAGAAUCAUUAAUAAAUAACUUGUCGGAGUGCGUAAAAGACAUCCAAUACAAUAGCCAAUUUGAAGAAAAUUUUCACAGUGUCUUGGGAUCAACUGAUUCAACAAACACAUUGUGCAUGGCAUUAGAAGCUAUAUUUUUACAUGGUUUAAAAGAUACCUUCUUACGAAAAGCAAAAAACGUAAUUUCUGGAGAUCCAGACUAUCGGCCGCAGUCAAGCUUCUGGCCACUUAUUUUAGUACUGUCCCAUCGUCAAAACAUUGAUCAAAUAUCUGCGUUACCCCAAAUUAACACUGAGAUAGGACAAUGCAGAGCAUGGCUUCGUAUAGCACUCAAUGAAUGUUUACUUUCAUCAUACAUGUCCACUCUAUUAAAAAAUAUAUCUGCUGUCAAGCCAUUCUACAACAGAAGUGCAUUUGUUUGUGAUUCUGAAGUUCUUGAAGUGGCUCAAAAGGUAAUACAAGGAUUAGAAACAUGUGUUCAGUUUAAUUUGCCAACAAACUCAAGUCUUCUUAAUCAAUGGCCAGAGCAAGUAUUAAUGCAAGCUGGUAUCUGGGUACCAACUAUGAAAGUGGCUCCUAUUUCCGCUGGUUUGGAUGUUGUUAGCACUUUGUCUGAUGAUGCAAAACCAAAGUUAGCAUCAACUCCAAACAAAUCAUCCAAAGUUACAGGUUUAGGUAAAAUGUGGGCUUUGAAUGAAGAUGAAGCUCUAGAUUUUAUACUGUCUAAGGAUCCAGGACAGACUUCAAGUAAUGACAAUGUAACAGAAAUUGAAAAAAAAAAUCAGAUUGUUAACAAAAAUUAUUUAAAUCCUGAAAUUGAAAAUAUUGUUAAAGAAACUGGGGAAGAACCUAGUGAUGUGAUGCAAGAUUCCAUUCAAAUUUAUGGCACAUCUGUUGACUCUGAGGGUUUUGUUGCUCCUAGUGAUGUUGUUAUAACAGGAAAUUCUUUAAGUGGCAAAGGUUGGUCCAAAGAUUUGAAUGAUGAUAAUGAAUCUGUUAACUCAAAUUCAUCUCAUGGGAGUAGUAUGAUAAAAACUCCAGAACUAAAGAGUCUUUCAUCUCUUAUUGAUAACUCAAACUUGUAUGUUGAGACAAACUCAAACACUCCUAACUUAAGAGAUAUUAUGAAAGAUAUUCAUAAAGAGUUAAAAAUUACUACUGAAGAUAAUGAUGACUGUCAAUUGAUCAUUGAGGAUCAUGUUCCUGAUGAUCCAUCAUUACAUAGCUUAGAUUUUGAGGUCAUUUCAAAUUCAACAGGUUCAUUCACAGUUAAUGAAUUACAAAAAAUGAUGAAGCAAUUAGGGUUGCUUUCUAAAGAAAAAGGUCUAGAUAGUCAAAACUAUCAAUGUCAUGGUUGUCAGGAUCUCUUAGGAAGCACAGUAUCAAAGGCCAAAGUUUGUGGUUAUACUGGAGAAUACUUUUGCUCUAAUUGCAUGGACCCUAAUGUAUUCAUUAUUCCUGCUCGAGUUAUUCAUAACUGGGAUUUCAAAAGAUAUCCUGUUUCUAAAAGAGCAGCACAAUUUCUUUUGGAAUUUCAACAUCAACCAUGGAUAGACAUGAAAAAGCUGAAUCCAAAAAUUUAUGUUGGAGUGUCAGAUAUGGCAAACUUGCAAGAAUUAAGAGUUCAAUUAAAUUUUCUAAGAGCUUACAUAUUUACCUGUCGAGAGCCAGUAAUUGAAGAAUUGCAAAAACGGGUAUGGCCAAGGGAGUAUUUAUAUGAUCAUGUGCAUUUGUAUACAAUAUCAGAUUUGGCUCAAAUACCAAAUGGAUCUUUAGUUUUGCAAUUGGAAAAAGUGGUCCACUUUGCUAAAGGUCAUGUUUUAGAGUGUUGGCUCUGUAACCAGAAAGGCUUUAUAUGUGAGGUUUGCAGAGACCCAAAAAUACUAUAUCCUUUUGAAACUAGUACAACAUUUAGAUGUGAUGAGUGCUCAAGUGUAUUUCAUUCUAAAUGUUUAAAUGACACUUUGCCAUGUCCUAAAUGUAAGAGGAAGCAAGAGCGUACAAAUGACUCAUCUUUAAUUGAUGCACUACAUAGUCUUAAAUUGAAAAAUACAGAUAAGUGA